CGGAAGCGAUAAGUAAAGAAAUACUGAGUUAGGCUAAUAACUUUCUCUCAAAAUAAUUAGAAGAGAAGAUAACUUUUGCCUGUUGCACUUGUAUUAACAAAAGACAAGGGAAUAGAAUACCAAUGCAAAUUAUUAUGACGUCAUACUGACAACAAUUGUAUACCUUCUUGACAAAUCUACUUUCAGGCACUAAAUUGACGCUAAAUCAUGACACUAGGAGAGUUAAAAAUUGAAAACAAGAUACAAACCGAAAAAAUAAAUCUAAGCGAAGACACAAUGACAACAAAAACGAAUAAUAAACCUCUAGAUAACGGGAUAUCUCUAGACAAAAUAAAUGGAAACACAAAAUACGAAAAGCAGAUCGAUUCAACGAUAUCAUUUUUACGUGCUGCCCGCAGUGGAGAUAUAACAAAACUUCUUGAUUUUAUCGAAAGUGGAGAGAUAUCGGAUAUUAAUACUUGCAAUGCGAACGGCCUAAACGCUCUACACCUUGCGGCAAAGGAUGGAUAUGUCGAUAUUUGCAGUGAGUUACUGAGGAGAGGCAUCAAAGUGGACAACGCAACCAAAAAGGGAAAUACAGCCUUGCAUAUAGCGUCGCUGGCGGGACAGCAAAAUGUUAUUAAGCAACUUAUUCAGUCGAAUGCAAAUGUAAACGUUCAAUCGUUAAAUGGAUUUACACCGCUGUAUAUGGCAGCUCAGGAGAAUCACGACAACUGUUGCCGACUGCUCCUGGCAAAAGGAGCAAACCCGUCUCUGGCCACAGAAGACGGCUUUACACCAUUGGCCGUGGCAAUGCAGCAAGGUCACGACAAGGUGGUGGCAGUGCUCCUAGAAAGUGAUGUUCGUGGCAAGGUGCGUCUUCCGGCACUUCAUAUUGCAGCCAAGAAGAACGACGUAAGCGCAGCCACACUGCUGCUGCAGCAUGAUCACAAUGCAGACAUUGUUUCCAAGUCUGGCUUUACGCCUCUGCACAUUGCCGCUCAUUAUGGGAACGUGGACAUAGCCACCUUGCUGCUGGACCACGGUGCUGAUGUCAACUAUGUUGCCAAACACAAUAUAUCGCCGUUGCACGUAGCCUGCAAGUGGGGAAAGUCUACAGUUUGCAGCUUAUUGUUGUCCCAUGGAGCUCGCAUAGAUGGACCGACUCGUGACGGCCUGACACCGCUACACUGUGCCUCACGCUCAGGCCAUGUUGAGGUUAUUGAGCUCCUCCUGCGUCACAAUGCUCCAAUAUUAUCAAAGACAAAAAAUGGAUUGUCAGCCUUGCAUAUGUCGGCACAAGGCGAACACGAUGAAGCGGCGCGUCUUCUUCUGGAACAUAAGGCUCCAGUAGACGAGGUAACCGUUGAUUAUUUGACAGCACUCCACGUGGCCGCACACUGUGGCCAUGUGAGGGUGGCCAAACUGCUGCUCGACUACGGUGCAAAUGCAAACUCACGUGCCCUCAACGGUUUCACCCCCCUUCAUAUUGCCUGUAAGAAAAAUCGCAUCAAAGUCGCUGAAUUGCUCAUCAAGCAUGGGGCUACCAUUAGUGCAACCACGGAAUCUGGCCUUACACCAUUGCACGUGGCUAGUUUUAUGGGCUGCAUGAACAUUGUCAUAUACUUGCUGCAGCAUGACGCUAGUCCAGAUAUACCAACAAUACGCGGAGAAACACCAUUACAUUUAGCAGCGCGGGCCAAUCAAACGGACAUAAUUCGAAUUUUGCUUCGUAACGGAGCGCAGGUGGAUGCAGUCGCUCGUGAAGGACAAACACCGCUACACGUGGCAUCCCGACUGGGCAACAUUGAUAUAAUUAUGCUAAUGUUGCAGCAUGGAGCCGAGAUAAACGCUACAACUAAGGACAAGUACACGGCGCUUCACAUUGCGGCGAAGGAAGGUCAGGAGGAAGUGUGCUUAGCAUUGCUCGAGAGCGGCGCUCGACUAGAUGCAAUCACACAAAAGGGGUUUACACCAUUGCAUCUAGCUAGCAAAUACGGAAAACAAAAGGUAGUGUUCCUAUUGCUCGAAAAGGGUGCUUCUAUUGAUUGUCAAGGCAAGAACGAUGUGACUCCAUUGCACGUAGCGGCGCACUAUGACCAUCAGCCGGUAGUGGCGGUACUUCUGGAGAAGGGUGCAUCGCCGCAAAUAUGCGCCCGCAACGGGCACAGUGCCAUGCAUAUUGUUGCAAAAAAGAACAACGCAGAAAUGGCCCAGCACCUUCUACAACAUGGUGCUGAUGUUGGGGCCAUCAGCAAGUCGGGCUUUUCUCCACUUCAUCUGGCUGCCCAAGAGGGACAUUUGCCUAUGGUCGAACUUUUGCUACAAAAUGGCGCCACUAGUGCUGCUGCUAAGAACGGCCUAACACCAUUGCAUUUAGCUUCCCAAGAAGGCCAUGUCCCUGUCGCUCGGACUCUACUGGAAAACGGUGCUAGCAUUUCAGAGCGCACCAAAAAUGGGUAUACUCCGCUACACAUUGCCGCCCACUACGGACAAAUCAAUCUCGUAAAAUAUCUCCUUGAAAAUGAUGCUGACAUUGAAAUGUCCACCAACAUUGGCUAUACACCACUACAUCAGGCUGCACAGCAGGGUCAUAUAAUGAUCAUUAAUCUCUUGUUGCGCCACAAGGCGAAUCCAGAUGCUUUAACAAACAAUGGUAAAACGGCCCUAAAUAUUGCAAGCAACCUGGGCUACGUUACAGCAGUGGAGACACUUAAGGUCGUCACCCAAACAUCCAUCACCAAUACGAGCACUGGAGUGGUGGAAGAAAAAUACAAGGUUGUGUCGCCGGAACUUAUGCAUGAGACUUUACUCUCUGAUUCCGAAGACGAAGGCGGGGACGAGCUUUUAGAUCAUAAUCAAUACAAAUAUAUGGCUACCGAUGAUUUGAAAGCAAACUAUGGCCAUGACCAUGACCAUCAAAACUUCGACACCACAAAUCCUGGAAAUGAUCAAAUGGAUGUAUCGGUUGUACAAAAAGAAAUGAUCAUGCAUAAAGAGCAAGGGCUGAAUGCAUCUACGAUAGGACGUCAAUGCGAUAAUGCUCUCAUUGUCCGGCCACCGGUUCAUUUGGGAUUUCUCGUAUCGUUCUUAGUAGACGCCCGUGGUGGAUCUAUGCGCGGGUAUCGACACAGUGGAGUGCGCAUCAUUGUUCCCCCAAAGGCAUGCUCUGAGCCAACGCGAAUAACUUGCCGCUAUGUCAAACCCCAAAGAGUAGCAAACCCUCCGCCAUUGAUGGAGGGCGAGGCACUGGUAAGUCGUAUUCUGGAAAUGUCCCCCGUGGAAGGAAAGUUUUUGAGCCCAAUUACACUAGAGGUGCCCCAUUUUGGCUCACUUAGAGAGAACGAGCGCGAAAUUAUCAUACUGCGUUCGGACAAUGGCGAGAGCUGGCGAGAACAUAGCUUGUAUGAGAAUGAAGAGCACAUUCUAGACGCCUUGAACGACGGUAUUGAUGCGGAUGUUAAUCCGCUGGAGGAACUACAUACAAGUCGCAUAGUUCGUAUCGUUACCCAGAACGUUCCGCACUUUUUUGCUGUUGUAUCGCGUGUGCGUCAGGAGGUGCAUGCGAUCGGGCCCGAUGGCGGAACUGUUUCUUCGAUAGCUGUACCACAGGUUCAAGCCAUUUUUCCACCUCAUGCCUUGACUAAGAAAAUUCGAGUCGGUCUUCAGGCACAGCCAGUAGACCUGGUUGGUUGUUCCAAGCUGCUCGGUCAGGGCGUGGCUGUAUCACCGGUGGUAACUGUGGAACCACGUCGUCGCAAAUUUCAUAAAGCGAUAACACUGAGCAUUCCUGCACCAAAGGCAUGCACCAAGGGCAUGGUGAAUGCGUCCUAUGGCAAUGGAAAUGGAAAUCCACCCACACUUAGACUACUAUGUUCUAUUACUGGUGGUCAGACACGCGCCGCAUGGGAAGACGUUACUGGAUCAACUCCGCUAGCUUUUGUUAAAGAUAGCGUAACAUUUACCACAACAGUUUCUGCACGUUUCUGGUUAAUGGAUUGCCGAAAUAUAGCAGACGCGGGACGCAUGGCUACAGAGCUGUACACCUAUAUGGCUCAAGUGCCAUUUGUUGUCAAGUUUGUUGUCUUUGCUAAACGUAUUUCCUAUACGGAAGCAAAGUUCUCAGUCUUCUGCAUGACUGAUGAUAAAGAGGACAAGACGCUAGAGCAGCAGGAAUACUUUACUGAGGUUGCCAAAAGUAGGGAUAUUGAGGUGCUGCAGGACCAGACUAUUUACAUAGAAUUUUCUGGCAAUCUUGUGCCAGUUUUAAAGUCAGGAGAGCAAUUGAAUACGAAGUUUCAAGCUUUUCGGGAAAAUCGUCUUUCAUUUAUUGUUCAUAUCAAGGACCCAGAGCUGCCAAACAGUCGCAUCUCUUUUAUGACUGAACCAAAGGUGGGACCCAGAGAAGCUCCACAAACCCCAAUCUGCGCUCUGAAUGUGUCAGUGCAGGAUGAAAAAAUUUCGACGCAUAACGAAAAUGGAAUAUUGGACAACGUUGGCCAUGGAAAUAUCUUGUACAAGGAAAUAAAUCGUAACGCUUUAAAAAACACCGAUAUACAAGAAAAUACAACAGAAACGACAGCAAUUGAUAAGAAUGUUAUAAUUGAACAACAAAAAAACCAAAACCUGAAUAGGGCUCGCUCUAAUCAUGCCGACAUAAGGUUGUUGGAUAUAUGCAGCCUCAUAGGCAGUGACUGGCCACAGCUGGUGAAAGAAUUGGGUGUACCCGAGACCGACAUCGACCUUUUCAAAGCUGAGAACCUUGGGGAUCUUACAUCCGAGCAGCGCAUGUUGAUGUUGCAGCUCCGGCUGGAAGAAGAGCAACAAGGCAUCUCCGCAGCAAAAAUCUUAUAUCAAGCUUUAAACCGAAUUGGCCGUGCCGACAUUAUAGAUCAGUGCAUGUCUAAUUUGGAGUCUGUCACUGAUAAGCCGGAACUCGAUUUGACUACAGCGAGGAAGAAUGAGUCUCUUCCGCUUAUCCGUACAUAUACUGGCCCAGAUGCAACACUAAUGGAAGAUGGUAAUUUUUGUGCCACACCACCGUCAACUCCAAUUGAAGACGAAACUAAUCCUCAAUCUGCCUGCGAUAUGAGAGUCAUACAAGAAAUGGUGUCGGAGCACACAAUGCAGUUGCUGGGAGAAGCGCAAGAAUAUGUUCAUCAACGGAAUGAAGCUAUAACAGAUGAUUCGUUUAAAACACGGGAUGAUAAGUUUGACAAUGAGCCAAUUGAUGUAACUGAAAUCUCUAAGGGGUUAACAGUUCAGUCCAUUUUGUUGAAGAAAGAUGCCUCAAGUAUUCCAAUAGGUGGACAUUCUGUUAUUGAUGAAUCAGUAAAUAGAUCAACAGGAAAUACACAGGACAACUAAAGUUUUGAUUCAAUUCCCCGUGAUGCAUCGUAUAUUUAUUAUUUAUUUACAUAUUUACCAAUGUAUUCGUUUCUUAUUUGUAUACAGCAAUAACUUCUAAUUUCGACUAUUCGAACUCCGAUUUAUAAUUGGCUUAACGGUCAUUUAUAAAUUGGUAUAUAUUUCGAUCUAUUAUAACUUCUAAAACAUUUUGAUAAAUGUGAAUACU